ACACAUACAGACACACACAGAGACAGAAACACGGGCGAGCUGCGGACCUGCCCUCUGCCUCGCCCGGGACGGUCUUCGAAGAAUCAGCAUCGCUGGCGAUUUCUGAUUUCGCUUCGGAGUUUCGCUGGCUGGACAGAUGCAGACAAAUGCAUUUAGGAACCCAAAGGCCGGGGGUUAGAUCCGUCUCUCCGCCCGCGAGAAGGAAAACCCCACUCUUCCUGGUCGCAAUAUGUAUGGCUGUUGGAAUUAUACCAGUCCACUCGCAAGGUAUAGACAUUCUUCAGAAUCUUGGCCUCAGACAUAUCAAAGCCUUGCCAACAGCACCUCAACAACCAUGGGCGCCUGUGUCGUUACCACCAGGGGUCACAGUCACUGGGAUGGGCAUCAUCCUGUCAGGAGCUGCGCACAUUGAGGCUCCUACGUCUAGCGUCAUGCCCCAGGACAUUGGAGAUGAAUUCACCAUCAUUGUGGGUCUUCGCUCCCACAGAGUCAAUAAUGCCUUUCUCUUUAGCAUUAAAAAUAAAAAUAGACUCCAAUUUGGAGUGCAAAUUUUACCCAGGAAAUUAGUUGUGUAUAUUGCUGAGAAGCCAUCUGUAUAUUUUGAAUAUGGUGCCCAUGAUGGACAGUGGCACACGUUCGCUAUUGAAAUCAAUGGGAAAUACGCAUCCUUUUAUUCUGACUGUGGUGCUGGAUCAGUCCGCAAGGAAUUACCCAUCAGGCUCCCGGAAUUUUCUCCCAACAGCCAGCUGAUGUUGGGAAGGAUGAGCCCGAGGUCGGUGCCUUUUGAAGGCGUCAUAUGCCAGCUUGAUGUUUAUCCGAGCGCGCAAGCCUCCGUGAACUACUGCAACUACGUAAAGAGGCAGUGUCGGCAGGCGGAUACCUACCGAUCUCCGGCUCCCACAAUCGCUGCUACACUGGUUGGAGGGGCCACUGCCAGCUCCCAGUUCACAACCUCUGUGCCAAGGGAAAAAACACCCACAACUCCAUGCCUGACGUUGGCCGUGGCGAGUACCCAAGAGGUUCAGUACAGGAAUACGUCUCUACAAAGUGCAGAAGCCAGUCUGUUGCCACCGUUGGCCUUCUCUAGUCUACCUCCCACUGCCGCGUCACCAGCCCUGCAUUUCAAUGGAACCUCAAGACCGCAUCCACCUCUGGGCACCUACAUUGACUCUGCCGCUGUUCUGGCCACCACCAACUCGAACUUUGAGUCCGUCAGCAGUAAAUCCAAAUUGGCACCCGGCAGGAAGGGAACUGGUGCUGGAGACCAAGUCACAGGGGACGAGACCCUGCCUGAUGUUGAAGAGUUGUUCCUCUCAAUCCCAGAGGCUGGUGAGAUGGCAGAGAGGCAUGCAGAGGAGGCAACACACACUACAGGGGAAAUCCAGAUGAUCAACUCAACCUUGUAUAGGGCGACCAAGGAGCCAUCCUCACAAGACCAGGGCAAUUUCUGGAAUGACAAUGUUCUCUCUACAUUGUCUAUGGCGGCUGUUGGCAGUCUGGAAGACAUCGAGAUUGAAAACUACGACUAUGAUUAUGAAGAGUUCCUGGACUAUCUGAAUUCUGAAGGCUUGCCAGGCCCUAAGGGGGACCCAGGACCUCCUGGUCCUCCAGGAAUGCCUGGUGCGCCGGGACCCCCAGGGAGGCGAGGACCACGGGGGUUACCUGGACCACAUGGGAAUCCAGGAUUACCUGGCCUACCGGGCCCCAAGGGUCCAAAAGGAGAACCGGGCUUGUUCCCCAUUAAAGCACCAAGUGGAGAACAGGGUGACCCAGGACCUGCUGGGCCAAUUGGGCCAUCCGGCCCUACAGGGAAAAAGGGUUCCAAAGGAUUCCAAGGUCUACCAGGUCCACUGGGGAAGCAGGGUCUGGCUGGCUUGGACGGGAAUCCCGGAGCUCGGGGCUAUCCUGGAAGGCAGGGUUUGGCAGGACCGCAGGGGAAGCCUGGUCCGAAAGGUAUUCGGGGCUUUAUUGGGCCGCCGGGUGUCAUUGGACCUCCUGGGCCGGAAGGUAAAAAGGGCAUUGCUGGGCCCAGAGGAACGAAAGGACCCAAGGGGGGAGUGGGAUAUCCAGGUCCAUCCGGCCCAAGGGGAUCUCCCGGAUCCGAUGGCAAUACAGGCACAGUUGGAGGAGUUGGUCAGCCAGGAUUUCCUGGUCUUCGGGGUGAUGUGGGUCCUCAAGGGUCAGCUGGUCUCCCCGGAAUCCCAGGACCUCAGGGUCUGGUGGGAAACGUUGGCCAACCUGGACUGAAAGGUGAUAAGGGUGAUCACGGUUUGAGGGGAGCUCCCGGAGAAAGAGGAUACCCUGGCGAUCAGGGCACUAUUGGCCUGCCUGGACUACCUGGACUGAGGGGGACACUGGGCCCCCAGGGUAAACCGGGUGAUGCUGGACCACUUGGUUUGCAAGGACUUCCAGGACCAGAGGGUUUUCCUGGGGAUAUUGGGCUGCCGGGCUCUAAUGGAGUUGAAGGUCCAAAGGGUGAACCUGGUGAUAGAGGACUGCCAGGCCCUCGUGGACCCAAGGGCCAAGAGGGAGAUGAAGGACCACAGGGGCCACCAGGAAGCCAAGGGUCACUUGGGAGACCAGGCCGGAAAGGAUAUCCUGGAGAGAUCGGAUUGGAAGGCAUGAAGGGGGAGCAAGGAGAUCUGGGAAACAGUGGGAAGAUUGGAGAGCUGGGUCCUGCUGGUUUGCCUGGACCGCGGGGACCCCGUGGGAUUCUCGGCGAAAAGGGUGAUCGUGGUGAUCCAGGUCCUCUGGGCCCGGCCGGGGAGAAGGGUGCUAUGGGUUACAUGGGACCUCCCGGGACACCCGGACCUGUGGGUCCAGAAGGAAAACCAGGACUCCCUGGACGACGAGGACCACCAGGGUUACAAGGUGUGAGAGGGAGAAGGGGACCAAGAGGUCUGGAUGGACUGCCAGGGGAACAAGGACCUCCAGGUAAAAAGGGGGAGAGAGGUGACCCAGGACCACAAGGUGACACAGGACUCAUUGGAAAAGCCGGGAAUCCUGGAGAACAGGGAAUGCCGGGAGCUCCGGGGCUGCCUGGACCUUCGGGAAGCUCUGGGGAUAUGGGACCUCUUGGACAACCAGGGCCUCGAGGACAGAAUGGUGAAGUUGGGCCUGUUGGAGAAAUUGGUCCCGAGGGACUCCCGGGACCGGAAGGAGAAGCUGGUCACCAAGGAGAACGUGGAGCCAAGGGUGAAAUCGGACCGAUUGGCCAAGAGGGAGAAACUGGCCAGGCGGGAAUGAGGGGUGAGCCAGGUCCCCCUGGAGAAGAUGGACGUCAAGGAAAAGACGGACAGAAGGGUGAACCUGGCGAUGAAGGUCCCAGAGGUGAGGUGGGAGAACGCGGUGACUCUGGAGUUCGAGGAGCAGCAGGUGAAGCCGGAGGGCUUGGGAUUAACGGGUUACCGGGACCUGAUGGGGCACGAGGCAAACGAGGACAGUACGGACGCACAGGACGAAAGGGAAAGAGAGGGCAGCAAGGUCCUAUGGGAGAACAGGGAGACCCUGGGGAACGAGGGGUACAAGGAGAAACAGGGCCAAAGGGCGUGAGAGGAUCACGGGGAGUGAUGGGAUCUCCUGGUCUGAUGGGCCCAGUGGGAGAACCGGGGAUUCCGGGAUACCAGGGCCACCGAGGACCAACGGGACCUUCCGGGCCACCAGGACCCAAGGGUGAGAAGGGCUUUCCAGGUGAAGACAGCAGCACUCUUGGACUGCCUGGGCCUCUAGGUGAACCAGGUCCUGUAGGUCCCCGUGGAGAUCGCGGUGAACCAGGAGAUGAAGGCUAUAAGGGUUACCCUGGGGUUCCUGGACCAAGAGGAAACGUGGGACAGCAAGGAAGACCGGGAAAUCCAGGGAGACCAGGCAUGCCAGGGCUCAAAGGGGAGAAGGGUCUGGAGGGAUUAAAAGGAGCAAAAGGCAAUCAUGGCGAGGCGGGAGCACCCGGUUUACCGGGCAUCACUGGACCACCUGGUACUAAAGGGGCGGCCGGAUACCCUGGGCCAAGAGGAAAUCCAGGGAAUGCUGGAAAACCAGGACUGGCUGGAAGCCGUGGACCACCUGGAGACCUUGGUGAUGUUGGGCUAACCGGGAUCGCUGGGAAACCUGGACCUCGAGGAGCUCCUGGUGAACCUGGCCCAGUGGGUGACAGAGGUCAACGAGGUCCUAAGGGGGAGCCAGGUAUGCCAGGACAGCAAGGUUUCCAAAAUACUCACCGGGGUCGACCAGGAGUUCAGGGAGACCAAGGAUCCAUGGGGGAGCCUGGUGCUAAAGGUCAGCAGGGUGAUAUUGGCGACCAAGGUUUGAGAGGCUUCCCGGGUUUCAUUGGCCCAAAGGGUCCAGUUGGAGAGGUCGGUGUUAAAGGAAUUUGUGGUCCCAAGGGCCCGACGGGAAUGUUUGGAAAUCCUGGACUGAUAGGACCAACUGGAAUCACUGGUCCGGCUGGGAAACCCGGUCCCAAAGGCGUAAAGGGAAGCAGAGGCGGACUGGGACCUGAAGGACCUCGAGGGCAUCCUGGGCCUCCCGGCCCCCCUGGUGCGCCAGGACCUCUGAGGCAUGUGGAUAUUAACGCAGCAAUUCAAGCCCUGAUUGCAAACAACGAAGCCCUCCAGUUUGAGAACUAUCUGAAUACUGAAACUGACUUCCUAGAGCAUGGCAUAGAGAUAUCCAAAACACUUCACGAUCUCAACAGUCUGAUGCACAGUCUCAAGAACCCCUUGGGAAGCAGGGAACACCCAGCUCGAAUGUGCCGAGAUUUGCUCCAUUGCGACCAUAAGUUACUCAAUGACAAGUAUUGGAUCGAUCCCAACCUGGGCUGCCCGUCAGAUUCCAUCGAAGUGUUCUGCAAUUUCAGCGCAGGCGGACAAACCUGUUUACAGCCAGUCAGUAAAUCGGAGUUGGAUUUUGGGGUUGGGAUGGUGCAAAUGAAUUUUCUGCACUUGCUGAGCUCAGAAGCUGUACAGACCAUCACGAUCCAUUGCCUCAACCACCCGGUCUGGAAGAACAUCUCCAGCAAGGAUCCCUACGCCAGUUCCAUGCAGUUCAGGGGAUGGAACGGACAGAUGUUUAAAGCAGGGGCACCGUUUCAGCCCAAGGUUACAAGGGACGGAUGUAAGAUUCAGGAUGGAAAAUGGCAGCGGACACAGUUUGUAUUCCACAGUCAAGCUGUGAGCCAGCUCCCCAUCGUUGAAAUUCAGCAUCUCCCUGUCCUGAAGAUGAAAAAGCAGUACCGUGUAGAAAUUGGCCCUGUCUGCUUUCUGUAAGAGGCCAAUAGCUGAGGGCCCUCACAAAGAACUCUGCAAGAAAAUUAGCAAAAAGUUUUGAAGGAAUUACCUCUGAUGACUGUGAAAAAUGCCAGAACACUUUCCUUCUUUAAGAAAAGUCACGGUCCUUUUACUAAAAUCUCAGGAAUACUGCAUCGAUGGCCCAGGAAGCCCGUCGUUGCUAGCAACUUUAAAUGCAAGCCAGGAAACAGUGUGUUUGUGCUCCUUGCCAAUUCUUCCCCCAGACUAAAGGCAGUGGGGACUCCUAGGAAUACCUGGAUCGUGAUGUUGCAUCUGUAUGCUCACUGCAAACAAACAGAAGGGCGUUGGUCCAUAAAUGCUCACAACAAUGGUUUCACAAUGACAACUGUGACCACCACUGGUGGGUGGGGGGGUGGGAGCCAUCCUAGAACCUCUUCUCUUCACAUAACACUUCUGCAAGAGCCCACCACCUCCAGAGCGCUGCCACUUCUGUGAGUCACAGACUGAAAUGGCACAGGUCGCUGAGUUUCUGUUUGCCUUACGUUGAGUGCGUCUCACCCCCUGCCCCUUUCCCAUUGACUUUUGGCAGGAACCAGGGUGCAGGAACACCAUGUAGAUUCAUUACUUCUUGAACAGUCCAACCCAAGCAGUUUCCGUCUGGUAUUCCGAUGGGUGACUGUCCUGGAAUGUCUCCUGCCCACCACCUGGGGGAAUGCUGUAGCAUCCAUUUCCUAAUCAACCAAUGGGCAAGUGUCCCUCACUAGGAUCUUUCUCUCAGUUGGUGAUCAGUGUACAUCCCAGGGCACAGCCCAUCGAUCUGGGUGUCCUGCAUUACAUGACUGUUUGGUGUGAAGAUGGAAAAGCCAGAGGGUAAAAUUCAUCGCUGCAGGCAGCAGUGGAGACCAAGUCAUUGGUUACAUCUAGAAUAGAGAUUGCUUGGUUCUUGGAACAUUGAAUGGUGCAGAUCAGUGGGAAAUGUGGCAGCAAGCAUUUCCUAACCACAUGAAAGGGAACCACUUGGCUCAUCAAGUCUGUCCAAUCCCAUCCCUCCCACUAAUACUUUCUGUAAAAUAUUCUCAUCAAUUCCAUUAUCCAUCUCUGAUCUUCAAUGGUCCAUUAACCUAUCAUAUGCACAGGAAGAGCCCAGAACAUUCAAAGUUCAAAGUAUAUGUGUUAUCAAAAUAUGUACAUGUACAGAACAGUACAGCGCAGGAACAGGCCCUUCAGCCCACAAUGCUGUGCUGAAGCAAUUAAAUUAGUAAUUAAAUGGCCAGCUAAACUAUUCUCUUCUGCCUACACAAUGUUCAUAUCCCUCCAUUUUCUUCACACUCAGUAAGGAGGUUAAGGGUGAAAGGGAAUUGGCAGGGAAAUGGAGCUGCGUCUGUGUGGCAGAGCAGACUCGAUGGGCUGAAUGGCUUAAUUCUGUUCCUAUAUAUUUGAUGGGAUCCAUUGGUGUCAAAAGGCAAGAGAACAACAUAUGAACUGCAUUUCAGAUCUCAAAGUCUCCUGUGGAGGACGUACUGGUCUUCACCCCUUAUUGGAUUCUCCAUUCCACCAAGCUCAGAAUCAGAAUCAGGUUUAUUGUCACUGACACAAAAUUUGCUGCUUUGCGGCAGUGGCACAGAGUAAUAAAUAAAAAUCAAUAUGAAUUACAAUACUAAUGUAAGAAUAAACAGUGCAAAAGAGCAAAAUAGUGAGGUAGUGUUCAUCAGUUCAUGAGAGGAAGAAGCAGUUUCUGAAACGUUGAGUGUGGAUCUUCAGGCUCCUGUACCUCCUCCUUGAAACUAACAAUGAGAAGAGGGCAUGCCCUGGGUGAUGGGGGUCCUUAAAAAUGCAUGCCAACUUCUUGAGACAUUGUUGUUUGAGGCCAGCCUUGAUUGUGGGGAGGGUUGUGCCUGUGAUGGAAUUGGCUGAGAUUUCAAUCCUCUGCUUACAAACUCCAUACCAGACGUUGAUACAACCAGUCAUCCGUAGAAAUUUGCUAGAGUCUUGGGUGGCAUCCAAAUGUCCUCAAACUGUUAAUAGCCAAUUAGAUGCCUUCUCCUUGAUUUCAUCAAUAUGGUGGGCCACAGAUAGAUCGUCAGAGAGGUUGACCCCAAGGACUUGAAGCUGCUCACCCUUUCCACCACUGAUCCUCAUUCUACUCAGCUCCUGCUCCUCCUUGCCCCAGCCAGCGAGAACAUCAUUAGACAGGUGGACAGCAGGCACCAGGAACUCCUGGGUUGAAGACAACUGGGGGCGCACUAGGGCCACUCUCUUCCAACUGUUACACUGAGCCUCCACUAGCAGGGGCCCCACUCGUUGGGCAAGUGAACUGCGGCUGAAAUUCGGCAUCAAGACCUAGGUGGUGAUCGCACAGUGAAAAUCCCAAAGUGUUCCCCUUUCCCCCCACUCAAACCUCCCCAGCCACAUAGGUGAUUGUGUGGAGCAGAAGGAAUUAGACAGGUUCAUUCCUGUCUCACUGCUUCUGGAAGCCCGACGUGCAUGGAUCCCAAGCCUGGCUACAAAAGGAGGAGGGUUGGGCGUGGUGUUGGAAACCCCUUAACAUAAAAGCCCAGAGCUACAGAAUUCCAAAGGCCUCAUCCCCGGGAGAGGAAGGAUCUUCACUUCAAAGGUGGUCUGUACCUGGGAAUGAAUUGAAAGACUGACCUAGGACAGAGGACUCUGGCAAGCUGCUCUCGGUGGCCAAUGCCCCAGUGGGGGUGAUAGGCUUAAGAAGAAGAAACGUGCUUUUGUUAAUAAGGUGCUAAUCAUUUCACGACGACUUUGAUAUUGUUUUUAUUUUGAAAUAUAUGUACUGGCUACAUUCAGUAAUGUCUGUGUUAAAUAUAGUUAUUUGGUUAUUAAGGCUCAUGGAGUCAGGGGCUUACAGCACAGGAAGAGGCCUUUCGGGCCACAAUGUCCAUAAUGACCCUUUUUAUAUCAUCUACACUAAUCCCGUUUGUCUGCAUUACAUCCAUUUUCCUUCCAUUGCAAACAUUAUUUAUAUAAAUGUGUAAUUAUGGUGGGCAGAUUGGUACAAUACACAUAGUGACUGUAGAGAGACUGCGAUGCUUGGCUAAUGGAAGGAAUCAAAUCAAACCGAUUGCUUGCUAUUGGUUGCAGCUUAUUAUUAUGUAUUAAAUAUUGAUGAUCAACACCCA